AUGGAGUCGUUCUUUCUGGCGGAGACAACAAAAUAUCUGUAUCUGAUAUUCGAUCCGAACAAUUUUCUUCAUAAUGAUGGGCAAAGAGCACGAAUAGUGGACACGCCAAAAAUGGAGAAUGCGUGGUUGGAUGCGCAAGCUGAACGUGAAGCUGUGAGGAAGUGGGAAGACAAUUAUGAUCUGCUGACAAUACUCGAUCAUCGUGAUACCGUAUCCCCAAUGUUACUUCGAAAGGUAUAUUUUCUGUCGUUCAUCAUGCUUUUGUUGGUUUUCGAGCGUUUUUUUCAUGAUUUCUAA